CUGCAGCCUGAUCCCAUGAAUGUGAUCAAGAUCAACAUCCAUGCGAUGUGUCAGGAUGCAAAUCCACCCCAGAUAUCAGUCUUAAUAUGUCAAUGGACUCCUCUUCAGCCACCAAUGACUCCCUUCAGCUACAUGAUUCCUCAACUAACUCCUCCUUCCCUGAAUACUUGUACUGCUUCAUCAUCAGUCCAAGCUCCUUCAUCUUUAUAGGGUUCAACAUCACUUACACCAUCCUCCUUCUCCCUCUCUCCAUCUUCAUCCUCUACCAUGGUCUCCAACAAUGGUGGAAAAAGCAGUCCUCCUCCUCAGCAGCAACAAGUCACACUGACAGUUUCACCUACCAUACAGCCAUCAUAGAGCUGGUUGGCGUCCUUGGGUGUCUCAUCAGCUUUUGCGGCAUCUAUAAGGAGGAUUUAAAUAUUUUAUCAGUGGGGAUUCCAGUUGCAUCCUUCAUUUUAAAUGGUGAGACAUUAUUUUAUGUCUUGACCUGUGUGGAGCGCUACCUGGCUGUCGUUCACCCCAUCAUCUACCUGAGUCUGAGAAAUGAAAGAGGGAUCAGGAUCAGAAAUAUCAGCAUUGGCUGUGUCUGGCUGCUUUGCUUUGUUGGGAUGGGGUCAUUGAUGAUUGAAAACUUAUUCACCUUUAUGGAUUUAUCCCUUCUGAUUUCAGCCAUAACCAUUGUGUCCUUCUGCAGCGUUUCUGUUCUGUGUGUUUUGAUUCGUCCGGGUCCGGGGGAACAGGUUGGGGACAGAGAGAGGGUUGACCCAAUAAAGCAGAGGGCUUUCUACACCAUUGUGACCAUACUGGGAGUACUGGUGUUGAGGUUUGCUUGGGGACUGACUCGGGCUACUAUAUAUUUAAUAAAUAAUAGCAACAAUUGUAUCAUCAUGAUAAGUGUUUUCUGGUUUUAUCUGCCCAGUAGUCUGGCAUUACCUGUGUUGUUUCUGCACAGAAGAGGAAAACUAUUGUGUAAGAAGUGGCACCCCUCUUCCCCGGGAGGACCCCAGGGCAUGCCAGGAGCAGCCAUCCCCCAUGACCAGGACACACACAACCGCAGUCAAUGAGCUGCAGUCAUCCACUCACCACAUGCCUAGGGUGGGGAGAGGAGGGGAAGGAGGACAGUGAGAGAACACAGAUCCAUGACCCACCACCCCCAGGCCCACCCAGGCCUCCCCCACAGGUGCAUGUCAUCCCUCCCCAUACACCUAUGUCUCCACAUACACCUAUGUCCUGAUCAUCCUGACACAUAUACACACACACAAACAUACACACACACACACACACACACCAACCUCUCAGUCACACCCUUAACCAUACCCCAAUGUCUCCCCCUACAAUCCCCCAAGGCCCUCCAGCCUCCCUUUAUACUCCUACACCCCUCCUGCCCCCGUGCCAUACCCUGAGUCCCGGGGUGGCAACCAGACACCAGGGCAUGCACCACCCCACCCCGUGGCAGCAAACCCGGGUAGGCUCAGAACCCCCAGCACUAACCAAAAAAAAAAAAACAAAGAAAACAAAAAACAUGAAACUUAUUACAGUAACAUGAUAUGUUUAACUGUAAAAACAUAUGACUGAUGUAUGUAGGAUAAAAUGACAGAGCUGGGGUUUCUCUGUUUGUCUCUUUUGUUCUUAUUGUUUUAUGGCAACAGAGCGCAGGUUGAUGGACGAUGAAGGAUUGCCAAAAUAACUCAUGAUUUUGCUUGUUGUAAAAGUUUUUCCCAUUCAUUUUUGUAUGUGUUAUGAUCAAGUAAAACUGUAUUGAGUGUUAGGACCUACAUGAUUUACAGUGUAUCUUAAUAUGAAAUUAAAAUGUUCUAGUUUCCCUGAAAACAAAAAUAAGAGAGAAAUUU